GGGGGGGGUCCUGCCAGAUAAGUCAGUGCAAUCAACCCCCCCUCUACAAAUAGCCCCCUCCCUUCCCCACCUGGGGCAUGAAUGGCUCCAUUCAGGGGCUGUUUGCUCAGUUGGGCAAGGCCCAGGCACGAGGUUCCUGCCCCAGGCUGGGCAGGGGGUGGCCUGGGAGAAAACCCAAGUGUCCAGGCUCCUAGCACCACCAAAUUGACCCCCACAGACCCAACUCCCUCCCCAUAGUCAUGGCCCUGAUCAAUGCUGAGACCAGCCCCAGUUUUAGGGCUGUCAGUGGAGGGGAGGAGGUUAUUGGGGGAGGUGGGGUGGUGCUGCUGGGACCAGUGCUGACUGGGCUGGGUUGGUUGGGGACCCUGGAGUCUCAGCGGCAGGGGGGUGGGGUGGCAUAGAAACUGGAGGUCAAUGUUAGGGUAGCAGGGGGUUGUGGGUUGGGAGUGAGGGGCACUGGCAAGGCUGGGGAGCACUAGUGAGGGUCACCAGCAGGGCUGAGGGAGCAGGGAGCUGCGGGUCAAGAGUGAGGGGCAUAGGGAGGGAGGGCACAGCCCCUCCCUCCCCCUGGCUGUGGGCUGAGCCUAGGUCGUCCCUGCCCUGGGGUAUAUAGGGAAGCCCUCUGGGGCAGUAGCAGGCUGCUCCACCAUGGACCUGCUCCAGCUGCUGCUGCUCGCUCUGCUCUGGGGAGCUUCAGCCCUGCCUGCACUGCCCCCCGAGGACUGCGCCGGGGGCCCCGCGACCUGGUGCCAGAGCCUGGCUGCGGCCCAGCGCUGUGGAGCCCUGGAGCUGUGUGCCCAGCUGGGCAGGGACCGCACCCUCACUGAGGACACGUGCAGUGACUGCGAGCAGGUCGUCACUCUCCUGACCCACAUGCUGCAGGAAUCACCUGUGAAGGUACCCAGGGCAGGGCUGGGGGGCUGCGGGGAGGUCCCUAUGCCACACAACCCUGACACCUCCCCCCACCCCGGCUCACCGCAGCAGGCGCUGGGCCAGAAGUGCCAGGCGCUGCCGAUACCUACAAUAGUGCCCGUGUGCCAGGAGCUGGUGGACAAGGCCUUUGCCCUCCUCCUCGCCUCCCUGGAGGGUCAAGUCAAGCCCGGAGUUGUCUGCACCCAGCUGGGGCUGUGCCCCCAAGGCCCUGCCUGGAGCCGUGACCCACUGUUGCGCCAGCUGCUGCAAGGUCUCCACGCUGCCUAUGCUGACCCCCAGGCCCUGCCCAUCCCCCUGCCACUCUGCUGGAUGUGUCGCUCCUUCGUGGGACGGAUCGAAUCCACCAUUCCCAAGGAGGGUAUUGCCAAGGCCAUGUCUGGGCUGUGCCACCUGCUGCCAGGUGCAGUAGCCGGGACCUGCCAGUGCCUGGCCGAGAAGUACACGGUGAUUGCGCUGCAGGCAGCACUGAGCCAACUUGGGCCCCGCCUGCUCUGUGGGAUGCUGCUCAUGUGCGUGGCAGAGGAUGGCUACGGCCCUGGUAAGCCCAGGCUGUGGGUAGGGGGCCACAGAUGGGAGGGGGAGGGGUGUGGGGGACUGCACAGGAUUGGGCCCCUCUGAGUCCAAGGGUGUCUAGGAUCAGGGCUGGCCACAUUUGGGGCUGUACAUCACUGUC